AAUGCCCCGCUCCCGCUCUCCCCCCAGAAGUCGGAGCCGAAGCCUGACUCGCUCCAGGUCGCCUCUCUCCCGCUCGCCUUCGAUGGACAGGAAGGCAAGCUUGUCUCCCGAAAUCAAAGAUGAAGACCUCUCGCCUUUUCUGAUCAGAGUGUUUGUGACCAAGGGAAGACAUACCCCGCUGGGGGAUUUUGACAAGGGGACAUUGCCUUUGAGGGAUGAGUUUCAAGUUUACGGGUCCAAACGGACAACACCAAGUGACCUGAUCCGAUCUCUAUACCCAUCGUUCCCGCCAAUCUUCCGCUCGCCCCAAACGCGCUUCCACUUUAAACACAUCUACGUCGACGCCUCUCCUCGCGGCCUCUACCGCUCCAAAGACCUCACUUCCUUCAUCGGGCGAGACCUCUCCUAUGCCGAUCCGAAACAGAUCCGGGCGGAUGAAGAUACGAUGAUUGACGAUGAUCAAGAUGAGGGUCUGCACAAGAAGGGAGUAGGCAGGAAGAUCCAAGAAAGGACUUUGGAUGGCUAUGGGUUCAUCACGGGAGACUUUAUCAGUGUUAGUCUGUCUGUGCCGGAGCCGAGAUUCCCUGGAGGGCAUGGGCCAGCUGCGGUUGCGAUAGCAGGGAUCAACGGUGCGGCAGGGCCAGGCGGACGGGGUGGGGAUGCGCCUAGGGAAGGCGGGUGGAAUGACCGACGUGCGCCGCAAGGGCAGGGGCAAGAUGAGUCGGACAAGGGUGUCGACGCGCCGAGAUGGGGACGAGGUGGGGCUUUACCGCCCAAGGGUGGGGGUGCGGCCGCUGGAAGAGGAGACAGAGGGGAGGGGAGGGAGAGGGAGCCAUUGCCCGAGGGCAGAUGGGGGAGAGGAGGCCAGGGCAGAGACUCGGGGAGAGAUGCGGGAAGAGAUAGGGACAGAAAUCGGAGUCCAUCUAGGGGUGGGGAAAGGUGGCAGAGAAGGAGGGACUAAUGAUGACGUGAGGAGGAAAGAUGGCGUGAAGGGGGCCAUACUUGUGCGUUUACAUUAUGAAAGCUAGAGGAUGCUUCAGGGAUGCAGUGCAAGAUUCUUAUGUCUUUCCGGAUAUCUUGUAUCAUGAACGUGACAUUGGAACGAGGACUUGCAGCAGGGAUACAUAGCAGAGAGAGGGGCUGUUAAUAAGAUGAGACAAACGCGUACUUAGCCGUGUAAUUUGUGUGCCGGUGUGUUAAGAAAACUCGGUUGGGGCUGG